ACAAUUCUACGAGGGGGAAUUUGAGCACAAGAGCCGUGAAAGUGAAGCCAAGUGAAGCUGGAGUUGCAUCGCAUUGCAUCGCAUCGCAGGAGCUCUGGUGUAAUUCUGCUUCUGCCAUCUUCAAUUCAAGUCAAUUGCAAUCGUCCUCUGUCAUUCCCCCGGCUCCACUUUCCUCUGCCCCUGCUCCACAACAAUGCUGGUGCUGGAGGUUUGAUGCCCGCUCUCAUGGCUUCUUCCUCUCUGCCGCCUCUCGACGGCACCUGCUGGAACGUUGUUUACUCCCUCCCUACCUCCAAGCGCAAGCACGAUGGCACCCUCACUCUCCGCUACAUCAAUGGCUCUGUCGUCAAAAAAAUCUUCCUCUCCGACUCCGACUCGCUAUCUCUUGCGGACCGCAUCCUCCGUCGAACUGAAAAUGUUCAACCGGGAUCGGCCCUUACAUUUGAUUCUCCACCUGGCUAUGUUGUGUGGGUGGAUUCGUUGGUCGAGGGCCUCGCUUCCUCAUCCUCUCCCUCAAUUGCCCUAUCGCGUUUAGCGGCGCGGGCUUCUUCUCGCUCUUCUCUGGCUACCUCGAAUUCCUCCCCCAUCGACCUAUCUUGUAAUGGACCCGGUACUGUGAUCGGCCGAAAGCUUGUCGUGAUUCGCAAAUCCGUUCUUGCUCCAUAUCGUAGACCUGGUAGGGUUAGCAAAAUUGAGCAAGAAUGCUCCACUGAUGAGCAGGAUUCUUGUAAUCUGAGGAGAAAUCAGGCGGAAACUUCUGAAAUGACUCCCAAACCUAGUGGGAUCUGCAUAACUGAGCAGGAAUGUCACAUGGAUGAGGAAGCUUCUAUCAGCAUGAGAAGGAUUCAACCAGAGGCUGCUGAACCUACUAGCAUUUGCAAAACCGCGCAAGAAUAUAACAUUGAUGAGGUUUAUUGUAGUAACCUGAGGAAGCUUGAGACAGACGCUGCUGAAUUGACUCAGAAACCUACCAGGAUUCCCAAUAGUGAGCAAGAAUGUCAAUCUGAUGAGGCAUCAUUUAGUAAUAUUAGUAGGAGAACUCAAGCAGAGGUUGCUGAUUUGUUGUCAGAGGAAGUGGAAAAUUUCCUUAAUACCAUAGAUUUCAGCGUUCAGGAUUUCUGGGUAGGCUACAAGCUGUAUUGCUUUGGCUAUUAUUCUUGCUGCGAUAUUUCUAAAGGGCAGUUUCUAGCUAGCAAGAUGGGUCGAGCAGUAUGUCAUUUACAUGAGGAUAUAGUUGUAUUGUGGGGAGCAAAGUUUGAUGAGGCAGUGAGGCAAAUGUGGGCGAUGAUGGAGGAGUAUUUAAAGAUUUAUUAUGACAAGGACUGCACAAACCUUAGGGUCUUAAUGGAGGAAUUUGAUGAUGCUAAAGAACUUUCUACUUCAGAGAAUGGCUUAUUACUGCUACAAUUGAUACAGGAUGACGAGUAUGGGACCGAACGCCUCUACAAUCAAACACGCAACGUGCAGAUACAGUCCACCAACAUAUUUUCUCAGCUCCGUCAGAGCCUCACCCGGGUGGACUCCGAGUUGGUUAACCUCAUGAAGUCGCAUGGUGAGUUGGGAAACCACAAUUCAAGUGCGAGUAAAUCUUUUGAGAGCCUACCUGCACGUAGCACAGUCAAAUGUUCAUCUAAAAGACCAAAGGAUAAACCCAAGGAUAUUUGGGGUAAGCUCGCUCGGCCUGAGUAAUAUUCAAAUUUCUAUGAAGCAUGUGAAGUAUUCAUGGUGAUGCAGUAAGUAGGACACCUGAUUUCGAAGUGGACUUAUCUUGUCAGAAUCAGAAAAUGUACAGGAUUGUUUAAAAAUUAUAUACAACUGUUUCUUGAGGAAUUUCUUCACGGCAGGCGUCUCUUUUGAAUGAUGCGGUAUCACUUGGGGUUGUAUUUCAUCCUCACCGUAGCAAUAGAAUGCUUUGUAAAAAGUCACUAAUUUUUUUAUUAUUUCA